AGUCUACUCAAGACUCUUGCAAGAGAUCUCGGAUUCAUGCCCGUUUCCCGCUCUAUUGGUACAUUGUGAUUGGGAGAAAUAUGCUGGAGUGUAUCCACAGCACGUUGCAAAACUGGCAUUGUCGACACCUCGACGGAUACCCUCGAGGAGCACCAUACCGACAGUGAGCUCCUCGGAGCAUGCCACCAAGUCCUAACAUGCCCGAGAACCUGAAUCCCAGCGUCCGGGGUGAAGACCGUUGCGACCUGGACGUGUACUCCCUCUUUGGUGAAUCCGUGGAUGACACCAUUGCCGUCAACCCCGUUCACCCGCAGCAACCUCGCAAUAAUAACCUUCCACGCAUCUCCGUCAUGUCUAGACCGGAGCCCAGACAGUCUCCAGCCGGCCGAAGAAGCGCAGUGGUGUUGGAUGGCGAUAGACGAACGACGCGGCUGCAUUCGGAAGAAAACGAAGCCCCGUUCAGCGGUGGAAUCUGCCGACAGCUAGCUGCAAUGUACACGGACGUGGGGAUGACCACUGUCGAGCGUGUACGGUGGCUCUGUGGAUGGAUGAUUUUGGUGUACGCGCUUACGUGCUGCGCGUGGUUUGCGUGGCCAGCUUACUCUGUACCGUUGGUGGGCAUCCUCACGGGUACCGCUGGUUUACUCGCGUGUCAACGUCCGCACGAACAAAGCUACAUGCUGUACGUGUUGGCCUUCACAGCGUUAAAUUACGCGCAAAUAGCGCAACUCGUAUGGCUGGUAUUUAUUACGGUUUCUACGGAACUCGCGGUGAAGUGCAUCGAUGACUGUGCGAGCACCGAAACCAAUACAGUUUUCAUUGUGCUGCUGGUUGUAGCUACUGGGGUUUUCCACUGGAGAGUGGUGACGAUCACAAGACAAUACGUGCGGGAAUUCCGUAUGAUUCCACAUUUAACGGCUUGGAGGUCAGAAGCUUACUUCUACGAUGCCUCGUACUCUCGAGCUGCAGCUUCCUCGACGAUGGGGACAGAAUCCUCGGUUAGUGAUGCCUCGGUUGCUGUUGUUUCUGAGUCAGAACGCCAGUCAACAGUACCUUACCAUACAGACAACACCCAGUUAACACGACUGUGAUGUAUAGUGCGCGACUGAGAAUUGUCAAAUAGAUUCUGAUGGUUUGUUUAGGCAA